UUUAAGUGGGAACAAGAUGAUUGCCGUUGAGAACCAGGCACCUGUGUCAGAGAAUGCAAUACCAAAAGAUGCAUCAGAUGGAUUUGUUGUGCCAGAAUCCAAUGCCUUUGGCCAAUCAUUCAGGGAUUAUGAAUCAACUGUGAGGCUAAGCAUUGUGGAGAAUACCUAUCGGUUGAAUCAUAUUAACCAAACAUAUGAUUUUGUAAAGAGGACAAGGGAAGAGUAUGCAAAAUUGAACAAAGCAGAGAUGUCCAUAUGGGAAGCCAUUGAACUCCUUGACAGUUUUGUGGAUGAAAGUGACCCUGACCUGGAGGAACCUCAGAUUCAGCAUUUGCUGCAGUCGGCAGAAGCCAUAAGAAAAGAUUAUCCUAAUGAAGAUUGGAUGCACUUGACUGCCCUUAUUCAUGAUGUUGGAAAGGUUCUUUACCAUUCUAAAUUUGGAUCACUUCCCCAAUGGGCUCUUGUAGGAGAUACGCAUCCUGUUGGUUGUGCCUUUGACGAAUCGAUUGUUUAUCACAAGUAUUUCAAGGAAAAUCCAGAUUACAACAAUCCUGCCUACAACACUAAACUUGGAGUCUACUCUGAAGGAUGUGGACUGGAAAAUGUGCUGAUGUCAUGGGGUCAUGACGAUUACAUGUACAUGGUGGCCAAGGCAAAUGGAACUACUCUACCAUCAGCUGCAUUAUUUACCAUCCGAUAUCACUCAUUUUACCGUAAGUAUUAA